AUGUCUCAAAGGCACCCUGCCCGCGAGCAUAGGCAGUACGACCCACCUGCAAGAGCUGUGAGCCCCUCUCCACCGCACACUGUGCUGCUCACCACCCCUCAUCAACCCCCUCCCUUGGUGCUCAACCAGAUGGAGUUAGGCAGCAUCACAGAGUGUUUUGAGUCGACUGAAAACUCUCCCCAUCCCCCCCUCCCCUCCCCUACUCUGUCCUCAUCCCCCCCUCCCCUCCCCUCUCUCUUUCUCAUCCCCCCCUCCCCUCCCCCUCUCUGUCCUCAUCCCCAUCUCCCCUCCCCCUCUCUCUCCUCAUCACCGCCACCCUCUUGCCGGCCCUGCAGGGUUCUCAACCAGGUGGAAUCAAGUAGCAUCCCGGCCUCCUUUGGCAACAUGUCCAGCCUGCAAGAGCUGAGCAUCGUGAACAACCCUGACAUUACGGGUGCAGGGUUGACAGGUCCCAUCCCCGAGUCGUUCUCCAAACUCAAGAACCUCACCUCGCUCGACCUCAGCUACAACAACAUUGGACCGCUCACCGACAGCAUCGGCACCAUUCCCAACCUGGCGUACCUCAUAUACGACUCCACCGUGGCCUGCCCUGCCAGUGGCACCCCAUGUGUGGUGGGUCAGAGAGAGAGCAGCGAGUUCUGCACCGCCUGUGCUGCCUUCUGCUCCUCCUGCAUCCCUCCUGCCCCUGGCCUCUCACUUGUCGGGGUCUUUAUCGUCAUUCAUUGCGGCAACAUGUGCACGGUGGCCAACAUGUGCAGAGUGGCCAACAUGUGCAGAGUGGCCAACAUGUGCAGAGUGGCCAACAUGUGCAGAGUGGCCAACAGAGCCCACCAGUGUGAAGCAAUGCUUCUUUUUCUCGCGCUCU